AUGGCAGAUUCCGCCCAGAAAGAUCAAAAGGUCAACGUUGAUCCUGUGACAUCUAGUGAAGAAUCCAUUGCUAGAGGAUCAAUCACUGACGCCGACGAUGAUUUACUCAGACAUAUUGGCUAUAAACAGGAAUUUCGGCGCGAAUUUACGAGAUGGUCGACUUUAUCCUAUGCCAUUUCAAUCAUGGGAGUCUUGGGCUCGGUCUCCGCGUCAUGGUAUUCUCCAUUGGCUGCCGGUGGUCCGGCUACUGCGAUUUGGUGUUGGUUCUCCGGGUCAUUCUUUGCACUAUGCAUUGCACUAUCAACAGUUGCCGAACUGGUUUCCGCAUAUCCUACGUCAGGUGGCAUGUAUUUUGUCACCAAGCACGUCUUUCCAGAGGAUAAAGUUCCACUGGCAGCCUGGAUUAUUGGAUGGAGUAACUUUUUGGGACAGACGGCAGGUGUUGCUAGUGUGGGUUAUUCGGUAGGACAGAUGAUUCUUGCUGCAGCCUCCAUGGGCUCAAUCCAGGAAGAUGGAACUUUCUCUUAUGUGCCAACAGCAGAGCACACAGUGGCGGUCAGUAUAGGCGUUCUUAUUUGCCAUGGAAUAAUCUGCUCUUUCCCUUCGAAGGCUCUCAGCCAGACCAUUAGGUGGUUUGCCCCUAUCAACCUGCUCGGUUCAGUCGCAGUCACAAUCGCCCUUCUCGUUCUUACGGACAACAAGCAUUCUGCCAGCUACGUCUUCGGUCAUGUUAUCGAUGGUUCGGGAUGGGGAAGUCGAGGAUUUUCAUUUUUGAUCGGAUACCUCUCUGUGGCUUGGACUAUGACCGACUAUGAUGCUACAGCACAUAUCAGUGAGGAAUUGCAUAAUGCGGCAAUCUCUGGUCCAGUGGCAAUCUUUCAGGCUGUCCUCGUAACAUGGUUCUUCGGUGUGAUGCUCAACAUUGCCUUGGGUUUCUGUGCCGGUGAUCUUCUUGAUACCCUUAGUUCCCCCAUGGGAAACCCAGCGGCACAGGUCUAUUACAACGCCGCAGGGAAAAAAGGUGGUCUGGCACUCUGGUUCUGGCCCAUUUUAAUCCAAUUUUUCACAGGAAAGUCUCUUUCCCUCGAAACUUACACCCGAACCUGCUUCGCUCUCGCACGCGACGAAGCAUUCCCCUUCUCCCAUACACUCCGCAAAAUGAACAAAUACACCCAAACCCCCCUCUACAGCGUCUGGGUCGUCGUCAUCUUCUGCUGCCUCCUCAACCUCAUCGCCCUCGGCAGCGCGCAGACCAUAAACGGCAUUUUCGGCGUGACUGCCCCAGCCAUGGAUUUCUCAUACAUCGCCGUCAUUGCGGGCCGUCUGUACUACGACAAGAAACACCCUAUCGCCAAGGGCCCCUUCCAGCUCGGUAUCUGGCAGAAACCCAUCAAUUAUAUUGCCAUCCUCUGGACGAUUUUCAUCUCGGUCAUUCUGUUCUUCCCGCCUGUCAGCCCCGUGACGAGCGCGAACAUGAACUACGCGGUGGUGAUUGCUGCGUUCAUUUUCUUUUUCGCGCUUUGGUGGUGGUAUUUUGGCGCAAAGAAUCAUUAUAUUGGUCCCCGGACUGAGGACCAAGUGCGGGAUUCAGGUCAAGUCCACAAAUCGGUUUGA